AUGCCCGCGCCCAAGCGCACUCGCGCCGCGGCCACGGCAGGCGACAGCCCUGACAACGAGGACGUCGACAACCAGCACCGCUCAGACAUGGAAGAAACGCGCGACCAGACUUCCCCAGCCACCACCACGCGGGUAACGCGCCGCACCCCUUCGCGCCGCAAUGUAACCAACCCACCGCGGCCUUCCCCAGACGCGACGACGCCCACUCGGCCAACUCUGCGCAGCACGCGUGCAACCCCUUCUCCGGGGAUUACCCGCUCAGCCUCCCUUUUCGGUACUGCUAGACCAACGAACGGCGCCAUCAUUCCCAACCCACCUUCCUUUGCUGGUCCGAGCACGCGCUCGGCCGGAAGCGCGCUGACGCUCGUCCGCGCGUCCAGUACGAGUGCCGUGCCCAGCCAGAGUCAGAUCAAGGCGACUGUGACGGGCGGAGGAAGUGCGCCUCCCCCUGUCAAGGGUGGUGCAGGGGAUGAUGUUAGUGGCGGGCCCAGUCGUCGGCCCUACAAGGGCAAGGAGAACAUCCCGCCCCCGAAGGAGCCGCAAUUGCCAACCCCACCCUCCGAGGGAAGUCGGAAGCGCUUGCGCCUGACUCCGUCCUCGAGCCGCACUCGGAGCGCCUCCAUUGUCAGCGUGCGCAGUGAAAGCUCAGUUCCGUCGCUUGGGUCUGACCUCACGACAAGAACUUCAUCAUGCCUUCCCUCGCCCUCGCCAUCACCUUCGGUCGCCACGACUAUCAGUGUGGACGAAGUUCAGGAUGCUGACCGCACACCGACCAAGCGUGGCUUCAGGCCAACAGUUCCCCUUACGCCUCCGCCGUCGUCGCCAUCCACGACAAAGCUUACCGAGGACAUGAUGUCCAUGUGCAGCCGCACCACGACACCCCUCGACGACUCGGACGCGCGUAGCUUCUCAAACGCGUACCGCGCUCUCAAGCAUGGGCUCCGUCUGUCGUCGUCAUCUGGCGACGGCACCAGCUCCGCCAUUAUUGGGCGCGACAACGAAAAGGCCAUCCUGGGCUCGUACCUCUCCCUCGUGUCGGCUAGUGACGUUGGCAUGUACGUGUCGGGUCCCCCUGGCACAGGCAAGACGGCCCUCACGACAGCUGUGGGCCGCGGGCUUGCCGAACAGGGAUGGCGCGUCGUAGAGGUCAGCGUCAUGGGUCUCAAGCCGCAGGACGUUUGGACGCGUCUGGGUGUUGAACUCGGCUGUGGAGGUUCCGAGGACGACGUGAUCGCACACCUCAAGGCGAAGAACACGCGUACCUUCAUCAUCCUCGAUGAGAUUGACUCGCUCCUUCCUCCUCCCCCGUCCCUUCCCGCACCCACCACCUCACAUGUGCUAUCCAAGUUGUUCUCGCUCCCCCUCCUCUCCACUCGCGGGUCAACUGUCAAGCUCGUCGCCAUCUCGAACACGCUUGACCUCACGGUCCGCGCCAACCUGGUGCUUGAGGGCAACGCCAUGCCCCAGGUCCUGCCGUUUAAGGCGUACAACGCGACCGACAUGACCGCGAUCGUCAAUGCCCGAGUGGAUGCUCUUGGUGAUGGACCUGACGCUGCCAAGGUCGACGCCAAGGUCAUCGAGCUUCUCUGCCGUAAGGUCGAGGCUCAAACCGGCGACCUGCGCAUGUGCCUAGGUGUGCUUUCGUCGGCGGUCGGGCUCGCAGAGGCGGACUGGGUCAAGAAGGGGUCGGCGCCGAUCUCCCUCAUCAAGGUCGCGUUGCCACACAUCCUCAAGGCGUUCUCCACGCACACCAAGCAGCUGCGCGCAGCGGCGGGCACCACGUCGUCUGGCGUCGCGAACGCCACUACGGGCAAAAUCCGCUCAGUGCCGCUGAACGGCCGCAUGGUGCUCGUUGCACUGCUCGUCUGGUUGAUGCGCACGCGUGCCGGUCUGGCCGGUUGCCCUGCUCAGGGUGCGAGUCCCGAGCUUCUCACCCCCUCUGCGCUGUACGCGACCUACGCGCAUCUGCUCAACCACCCCUCGUCGCCGAUCAAGCCCUCACCCGAGAGUGAUUACCGUGACCUGCUUAGCAACCUCGAGACUCUCGGCCUCGUGUCGCUUCCGCGUGUUCGGGGAGGCAACGUCCGCGUUGAGCUCUGUGUCCGCGAGGACGAGGUGCGUGACGGCCUUGCCCUCUCGGCGGCUGUUAAGGCCGUGGGUGAGGAGGAAGUGGCCCAGGUGUGGGCACGCGAGGAGGCGCGCGUCGCGCGUGUCUGUGCGCGCGCCCAGGCAGCCGUGGAGCGCGCCGCACACGGGCUGCCGAUGGAAACGGAUUAG